CCGCCAGUGUAUGAGUGUGCGCGCGCAUCGGCCGUCGUCGGAACACCAAUAUUCGGUUGAUAUUACUAUUAUUGUUAUUGUAUACUUGUUUUUGUUUACACGUUUUGCGGCUAAGUUACUCGUUUCGGUGCCGCGAUAUAUUUUUUUUUGAUUUUCUAAAUUUUUUUCGACAUACUCUCUUAACCCGUUUCCCCGUUUCGGAUAUUGCCGUGAGCCGGACGACGGCCGCAAGUACGACCGUGGCCGCCAGUUUGUUGGAAAUGAUUUUUGUAGUCUAGCCGAUUUUUGAAAAAACGUCCAUCACGUUUGCCUCGACCGCUAAGAAAAAAACCUGUGAUCCGAAAAAUAUUAUCAACAGUUAUAUUGAAUUUCUCUCGUCGGUGUAAAGUGCGUCCUAAAGUGUCGUUGUUAAUGCGGACCGGUACGGCAGCCCGGUACCGCUUGGAAAAUAUUUUUUCACGGGCCAUAAAAUUGGUGCCUUAAAAACGAAAAUACAAAUUUAUCCGUGAAAAUCCCAUGGGAGUGUUUUAAUAAAACGGAUUUUCUUGUGUUGUGAACCCGGUCGAUUGUCAAGAAGAAGUCGCUCCGAUGUGCCUCUUCUAUGGCGACUACCCCGUUCGUACACAUAUUCUUGCUAUGGCUGCACAUGUUCACUGUCGGCAAUGCUGGGCGAACGGAUACUGUCGCAAUCGAACCCGUGUCAUCGUGGAUCGUAGAACCGCCGGACUUAGCUGUUGCAGUCCGUGGUGUACCCUAUGAGCUGCGGUGCCAUUCGUCCUUACCGAAUGUCACCUACCAGUGGAUGCACAACAACCGCACAUUGUAUCUAGUCAACGACCCGCGCCGUCAGAUUUUGCCCAACGGUUCUCUGUAUUUCAAAAGCGUGGUAAACAAAAAAUCCGGCGACGCAGGAUCCUAUAGAUGUAUAGUACAAACGCCCAACGGCGCUGUUACCUCAAAAACUGUGACAUUGCGAACUGCAGUUAUUCACGAUUUUAGUUUGUCACCAUCUAACGUAACGGUUAGUUCAGAAGCUAGUCGGGCUGCACUUCGGUUUUCUUGCUCUGUCCAUUCUGUACCCGAAGCGAAAAUUAUUUGGUUAAAAAAUGGGGUUGCAGUGUCUGAAGACGAUAAAAGGUUUAUAACUACGAUUCCCGGUGUACUGUAUAUAAAAAAGGUUGUCGAUAGCGAUGAUGGAGAAUACAAAUGUGUUGCAAAAAAUCAAUUGUUAAACAAAACAAAAGUAAGCGCCCCCGGUUACCUUAACAUUGAAAAGAUGAAACCAGGGUCUUCAGAUUCUCAAUCGAGUAUACAGCCAUUGGCGUUUAUAUCGCCUUCGAUAAAACCGGUCAUUCAGUUUGUGACUAUGGGCGAUAAUGUAUCAUUUGAAUGCGCUGCCACGGGCGUGUCAUCUCCUUUGCUCAACUGGUCGUUUACAUCUUCGACAGGCAACAAAAACAGAGUUAUCCUUAAAGAAGACGAAGCCGUUAGUAUUUUGAGUUUGACCAAUGUCAGCGUCAAAGAUUCUGGCACUUACACGUGUCACGCGUUUCAGACUAUGACAGGGUGGCCGGACUUCCCACAUGCUCAAGUUUUCCGAUUGGAAGUUAUGACGCCUCCUACUAUUGUCACUAAGCCAGAAACUCAAACCGUGCCCAUAGCCAAUACGAUUCGCUUUAGAUGCAGCGCCGAAGGAAAUCCAACGCCUAACAUAACGUGGUAUCACAAUGGCCAACUUUUAAAACCGCACGGUCGAAUCAAGCUCAAAGAUAAAUAUUUAUUAGUAAGUAAUACGGUAUCAAACGAUUCGGGUGUCUACCAGUGUUUCGUGUCAAACCAGUACGGGACGACUUGGGCUGGCGCGGUAUUUUCCAUUAGUUCGUCACCAUUCGAACCGGCACCGCCGAUAAACAUAAGUUGUCGCACGUUGUCGUCGACCGAAAUCCAGGUGUCUUGGCGAAAGUCGCCCACCGACAUAACCAACGAUCCACCAAUCAUAAUUCGAGAUGAAUCUUUCCAACUUACGCCUUCUCAUGUUGGAGCUCCGUCAUCCGCCGCAGCGUCUAUCGACACCACCAGCAGAGUCGUCAGAGCGUACACGAUACAUUACAUGCCAACUGACGGCGGAGAAGAAGCGCAAGCAGUGAGCGUAAACCAUUCUAUAGUUGUGGAAAAAUUGAAACCGUACAAAAAUUACACUUUUUACGUACGGGUGUACAAUGGUAAAUCUGGUUCUGAUCAAUCUGAAAAAGUAACGUGCAAAACUCAGGACGGAGUUCCACAAACGGUACCAGAGUUAGCCGUCACUACGCUUAGUCCAGUAUCGUUGCUCGUCGAAUGGUCUGCAAUUCAAAUAAACUUAUCUAAUGGAGUGGUCACUCAAUACCAAGUAAUGUGGCGCCGGUACCACGGUUCUUCUAAUUACAUACAAAUGUUACCCAAGAACGUUUUACAAUACACAAUAACAGGACUCAAAUCAGGAGCACAGUACGAGGUUCAAGUGUUAGGCGUCACGCAAAAUGGUUUACCUAAUUUUGAUUUUUCUUGGCAAUUUGUCGAACUACCCGAAAUUAAUCCUAUUCUACCUAUGCCCAUACUAACUUACGAAGUCGGUAAAACAAUAAAGCUUUCGUGGCAUACCAGCGAACCUUACAUAAAAUUUGACUCGUACAAGCUAAUGUAUCGACUUUCCAAUCAAACAAAUCAAUUUGUCAUGACGGUUAAAUCAUUCAGGCCGGACAUCAAUCAGCAUACAAUUCACUUCACGAAUUCCAUGGACGUUUACGAAGUAUUAUUGAAUUGUGUGUCCGAUAGUGGUGAAGGAGAGUCUGUCUCUACAACCAUAUCGGUGUUAUUGGAAAUACUAUCUCCGCCGACUCAAAUAGAAGCCAUUGCGACUUCCGUGUUCACUUUGAAUUUGUCUUGGGUUCCUCCCAGCACGGAUGAUCCAACAUCGCUGUUAUAUAUUAUCUCAUACAGCGGGUUGUCCAAUGCUUCGCAAAAUUCAACUACAGUCACAACUGAUCUUGGCGCAUCGUCUUUUGAAAUCACCGGUCUUAAACCUUACACUCUGUAUGAAAUCAAAAUUUCCACCCAAGACAAAAACAAUCGUAAAAGUGAAUAUAGUCAAAAAAUACAAAUACGAACACUCCAAGGAGUUCCCGGCAUCGUAGAACAAAUUGUAUCUCAAUGGAUAAACACCAGUACCGUUCGUAUCAGUUGGGUAGAACCUGUAAAACCCAACGGCAUAAUUAUGGGCUAUUACGUGUCUUAUACGUCUGAACUGAACAUACCGCUCACAUCUUGGCCACAGUUGAAUGUAUCGCGAAAUAAAUACUAUCUAGACCUGUGCGAUCUGAACAACGAUACAAGAUACUUCUUCAUGGUGCGUGCCGCUACCGACGCUGGUUUUGGACCGCAGAGCGGAAUAUUUUCUAUUGAGCCGCUGUCUGCCGUGAAAGAUUCAUCGAACAAGUCUGUCCAUCCGAACGAACAACCUGCAGUGUACAUGGAAGACGACCAGUUGCUGGGUAUAGUUAUCGGUUGCGUGAUCGGCGUUUGCUGUAUAUUGAUUUGUACUACGAGCAUAGUGCUUAAACGACAGUGCAUGAAAGCCGAACGAAUCCGAGUGGUGCAACAAAACGCGUUGGCCAACGACGUGGCUUCCUGUCCGCUGCACAUACAACCGAUCGCCGUUGAUAACGUACAACACGAGGAGAGCGUGCCCUUGAACGAUGUCCACUACAUCUCGAGGCACGGCGACAGCAGGAGUCGAUACCCGAACAACAUAUCCGGGAUGUCGUUGCCUCUCUUGGAACAAAGCAGCUUUGGGGAACACGACCUGUCGAACAUGCACAUAAUUGAAAAUCCCCAAUGUACGAUCGAUGUGGAAGGCUACGACGUGGACAGUUUGUUGAGCGAAUCAGCCGAAGGCGGUGCCGGUACCGAAGAAUCUGGUUGCAGCGACCAGUUGGCCAAAAGCCAAAAGGGCGGUGAUUCGAGUGUUAUCGACGAUGGGUUUCACGAACACCUCGAGCCAAAUAAAGUAACAGCUGUCAGGUGAUUGUAUCCAACAAGAACAACGUGUAUACUUUGUGCCAAAACGUGUGCUAUGUGGGCUCCUGAAAAGUUCACGAAGGUAUUUUUUUAUUUUUGUUCACGCUGAGAACAAAAAAAAAAUCACUUCGACAACCGUGCCUACGCUUUCGACUUCUCUAUGAAUCGGAUUAUGCAGGAAAUGUAGACGAAAACAUUGUACGUUGAUACGACGGAUAUCGGUUACCUUAAUCUGUUUUUCUUUUGUUAUUUUUUUUUUUAAAAAUUGACUGUUUGAAAUUAUUCUUGUUAACCAACCAUUCUUACUUUUUUCGUUUUGUUUUGUUUAUACAUAAUGGAUAUUUUAGUAUCUCGUAACAAAACAUAUUUUCAUUUUGUUUGUUGUUUAUUCCAAGCUCUUUAUUUUCAUAAGACCUAUAUAAGAACUUGUGUUCACACAUUUUCGUAUCAUUUAUGGACACGGAAAAUUGUGCAAAAUGUGUAUAAAAAUAACAAGCGAUCCUACACGAGUCUUUUUUUAAAAAUAGAUUCAAAAUCAUCUCGGUUCUCUAAAUCAUAUAUUAUAAUAACAAAGUGAGAUUUGUACAAGUGUUAGUUUGAUAUACAAUAUUGUUAAUUUAUUUUAUAAGCGUUUUCUUAAAUAUUAUUUAUUUAGAGGAUGUCACCUGACCUCAAAAAUAUAGUACAAAUAAAUAUAUAUAUAUAUUAUGUAACCUAAAUGUACAUUUUAUGAUAUAAUUAAGAACUCUACCAAGUAUUUUUUUUUUUAUUUAUUUAUUUACUUUUUUUUGGUGUGUAGCUUAUUAUUGCCAUUCAAAAUCGUUUGUUCCAAUUUCUUUAAAGUUUUAUUGUGGCGUCAUUUGCCGUAGAAUGUUGCUAAAUUAAACAAUACAAAUUUUUUUUAAUCAUACAUUUUGAUCGUACCACGUCUGCGUCGGGGUUUACUUUCAAAGUACAUCACAACUCAUAAAUAAGCAACUUGUUGUGUAUUAAUGGCAUCACAAACAAUAAAAAUAAAAAAAAACCUUAUUAAGUUAAUUUAGCACAUUCGGCUAAGGUGUUAAACAUUGUUGAUAAAUUAUAUUUAUUUGUUUUUCGAACGUACAACUUACAAUUUAUACAUAGUUCCUAUUAUCAAUUAACAUUUUUUUUUUUUUUAAAUAAAAGAAUUGCAACAGAACUUUUUCUUAUUGAGAUUUAACAAUGGAUCUCAAACGGCGGUAAGAAUCGAAACUGUUCUUUUGUAGUCUUAAACAUAUUAUAAUAAUAUACACAUAAGAGUCAAUUACAUUUUAUCGCUAUUGAUUACGCAUUAUUUAUUAAUAUUCUAAAUGGUAUAGACAUUUGUUCCCUUAAACACACAUUCCAAUUAUGUUUUUAUUAAUACAUUUUUUUUAAAUCGGUGUACUUAGUAGUAUGUUAUAUUUCUGUAUAUUAUUUAGUAUUUAUAAAUAUGUAUUAAUUACAUUUAUAAACGAGUACAAAGUAUUUUUUUCCUGUUAAGUUUUAUUUGCCACCACCAUUUAUUUGUAUCGAUACUUUUAUUUUAUACCAUUAAAUUAAAAAAUAAUCCACACUUUUUGGACUAUUAAUAACUAUGUUUAUAACUUAUACUCUGUUUGAACUAAGAAAACGGUCGUAAACAAACAACUUACUGAUGGCAUUCAAUUAGUGUAACAGUUUUUUUUUUUUUUUUAUUAUUAGUUUUGACGACACCUUUGUACCUGAUAGGAUUAAACAGCAUUUAAAAACAAAACACUUACUUGUAUAAAAAUCAGUCGGGGUCUCUGUUACGAAACACGGGGUAAACGCUAUUAUUGUUAAUUAUUAUUAACUUGUACUAUAUAGUAUAUGAAUACAAUAUGAAGGUUUAUAUGUGUAUUCUAAGAUUAUUUUGUUAAUGGUAAUUUUUAUUUAAGGAAGGAGAAACUAAAAUGUAAUUUUUCGCUGUAAUGUAAAAACUAUAUUUGCACUCGAUAUUUGUUUUCGAAUAAACUAAAUUUAAUGUUUUUGGUGUUCACUGUUGAUCAAUGUGUGUAAAAAUAUUAUUCAAAAGUAUAUGUAUAUUAUAUAUGUUUAUUUAUUUUUUAUUUUUGGUAUACAGUGUUUAAAACAGUAAUAACGCGUGUUAAAAUUAUUAUUCUAUUCGUGUUAUUGAUCAACUAUAAGGUUCGGUCGCGGUCAUUUUUUUUUUUUUU